UAUUUGUAUUGUCAUUAAGUUGGCACUACUGCUGUUAUGCAAACUCAGCUGUCAGAGCUGACAUUUGUUGGUCAGGAAAAAUUUUUCACAUCUAUUAAUUAUAAAACGGAGCCCUCAAAAUGUCGGCCGCAGCAGCUAGUGCCACUAGAAAGCAGGAUAUGCCUCCACCGGGUGGCUACAAGAAAAUUCCAUACUUACGUGUGCCAGCCAAGAGUUACUUCACAGGCUUUCAAAUGAUUGGCGGUUAUGCGGCCAUCACAGCUGUGGGCAUGUACGUAUACUACUUGACCGCAAAGAAAGUGCUGCGUGAGGAAAUCGAGAAUCGUUCAGCGCACUUUGUUAUAUAUCCACUACUUAUUGCAGAACGUGAUCGCGAAUACCUAAAGCAAUUGCGUCGUAAUCGUGACGAAGAGGCUAAGCUGAUGGAAAACGUACCUGGCUGGGAGGUCGGCACCUGGUAUGGCGAGCCCGUUUACAAGACCUUACCAAAAGAUACACUUGUCACUCCCUUGUUCAAGGAGUUCUACGCGCACACCGAUUACAAAUCAUACGCUAAGCGUGCUCAUCUUAAAUUGUGGUCGUAAACCGCUAGCUUAUACUUUCGCUUUUAGUUUUUCUGCCAUUCGUUCGUAAUGCAUAUAUAUUAUCAUCGAAAUGCUAAUGGUAUAGUAAACAAAUAAAGUAAAUAAACCUUA